AUGGCUGUCAACGGCCUCAAUGGCGUCAACGGUACGCGCUCGAAGCACGACAUAUCAACCCUCAAAGUCAACCAGUCUCGGCUGAUGGACGCCAUUCAUGGUGGCUGCAAGUACGGCGCGGCUCAUCGAUAUGGAGACCAUCCCACCGAGACAGGUAUGGCAAGGCUUAGUCUCAACGAUGCGGACAAGCAGAUCCGGGAUUGGUUCCUUGCCACGGCAAAGUCUUUGAACUGCAAAACCAGCAUCGACCAGAUGGGCAAUCUCUUUGCCAUUAGACCCGGUAAGAAUGCAGCAGCGCCUCCGAUCAUGAUGGGCUCUCAUCUGGAUACACAACCUACGGGUGGCCGAUACGAUGGCAUCCUUGGAGUCAACGCGGGCCUCGAAGUACUCAAGGUGCUGCAUGAGAACAAUGUGGAGACCGAGGGAAGCAUCGGGGUGGUCAACUGGACUAACGAAGAAGGGGCGCGGUUUCCAAUGAUGGCGGUGGCCUCGGGUGUCUGGGCUGAAGUGGUUCCUCUGGAGACCGCAUGGAACCUGGCUGAGGUCUCGCCGGGCGAAGAUGGCCACAAGCGAACCAUGAAGCAGGAGCUCGAAAGGAUCGGCUAUCUAGGCUCCCAGCCAGCCUCUUAUCGGGCCAUGCCCAUGGCUUGUCAUUUCGAACUUCACAUUGAACAAGGCCCUAGCCUUGAAACAGAGCGGAAGAGAAUUGGCGUUGUGAAAGGCGUCCAAGCUUUCAAGUGGUUUGAGAUCACGGUCAAAGGCCGUGACACUCAUGCUGGCACCACCCCGUUCUAUGCUCGGAUGGACUCGAUGCUUUGUGCCGCAAAGCUGAUAGUCGAGUCCAAUGCCAUCGUGAAAAAGUUCGGUGGUCUGGCGACGACGGGAAUAUUAAAUGCGGAUCCAGGCUCGAUAAACACCAUGGCUCAUACAGUCACUUUCACGCUCGACAUUCGACACGUCGAGGAUGACAAGCUCUCCGAGAUUGAGAAGGCGUGUCGGGAAGCGUUCUCGAGAAUCUCGGAGAAAGAAAGCGAAAAGGGCUGCAAGAUAGAGUGGAAAGAGCUGGUCGAUAGCCCCGCGGUGAAAUUCCAUCCCGACUGUAUCGCCGCAGUCGAGGCCAGCACGAAGGAAGUCUGUCAGGAUUUGCCCAUGACAUCGGAAGAUGGCCAGUUGUGGAGAUAUAUGAUCAGUGGUGCUGGCCAUGACAGUUGCUACACAAACCGUCGUUGCCCGACAAGCAUGAUUUUCACUCCUACCAAAGAUGGAAUCAGUCAUAACCCUCAGGAGUAUUGUAGCCCCGAAGAUUGCGCGAUUGGUGCCCAGGUGCUGCUCGGUGCUGUGUUGCGAUACGACAAACUGCGGGCCGAUCGAGGUGACUUCUCAUGA